GACCAUGGAGCUUCUUGUAAAUGUAAGAAAAUGGAUAGAAGAAAACAAAACUGCCUUUUUGCCACCUGUGUGCAAUAAGCUUAUGCAUCGCCAUCAAUUAAAUGUGAUGUUUGUUGGAGGGCCAAAUGAAAGGAAGGAUUAUCAUAUUGAAGAAGGAGAAGAGCUGUUUUACCAGGUUAAAGGAGAUAUGUGUUUGAAGAUAAUUGAAAAUGGGAAACAAAAAGACAUUGUCAUCCGAGAAGGGGAGAUGUUCCUCCUACCUGCUAGGAUACCUCAUUCUCCUCAGAGAUAUGCAAACACUGUGGGUCUUGUGAUUGAGAGGGAAAGAUUAAAGACAGAAAUUGAUGGGCUCAGAUACUAUGUUGGAGAAUCAACUAAUGUUCUCUUUGAAAAAUGGUUCCACUGUGAAGAUCUCGGCACUCAACUUACACCAAUAAUUCAACAGUUUUUCAAUUCAAGACAAUAUCAAACUGGAAAACCAAACCCAGAUGAACUCCUGAAAGAAACACCUUUCCCACUGAAUUCCACUUCUGUUAUGGAGCCAUUUACCUUCCAAAGCUGGUUAAAUGAUCAUCGUGGUGAAAUAAGACAGAAGAAAUCCUUGAGUAUGUUUGGAGAUAACUUUGAAACAGAGGUUAUAGCUUACGGACCAGGAACAACUGAGAAAAGUAAAAAGAAUUCAGAUAUCUGGAUUUGGCAGCUGGAGGGCACAUCGACUGUUACCGUGGAUGGUAAAACCCUGACUCUAUCCGCUGGUGACAGCCUGCUUGUCCAGGCCCAGUCUACGUGAGCACUGCUGGAAGAGAACAGAAGAAUGUGUUGCUCUCUGCAUUGCUCAGGAUCCAAAACGCAAGCAGCCUUAUACCUAGCUCCUGUGCCAGUUGACUUUGAUGAUAACUAAGUUUUAACCU